CAACCCAAGAAAACCAUCCCAAGCAAGUGCCGCAGAGCCUAGCCUACCAAGAGAUUCAUCGAUCACUAGCUAAUAGCGAUCGAUCUGCGAAAUGGCGCCCUCUAAGCUGGCCCUGUUCCUGGCCUUGAACCUUGUCCUCCUCGCCGCCGUUGCCCACGGCUGCACCCCAUACUGCCCCACCCCACCAAUCCUCCCACCGCCCUCCACCAGCCACUGCUCGAUCGGCACGCUUAAGCUCCAGGUGUGCGCCAACGUGCUAAACCUGGUCAAGCUCAAGCUGGGCGUGCCGGCGAACGAGCAGUGCUGCCCGCUGCUCAAAGGGCUUGCCGACCUGGACGCCGCCGUGUGCCUCUGCACCGCCAUCAAGGCCAACGUCCUCGGGCUCAAGCUCAACGUCCCCGUCGACCUCAACCUCCUCCUCAACAAGUGCGGCAAGACCUGCCCCGAAAACUUCACCUGCCCCCUCUGAUCCAUCCGUCCAUCACAAACCAUGCACCAUCAGUUCAUCUUCCACAUACAUCCCGUCCAUAUCCACAUACAAAUAUUAUUUCGUGAUUUUACUGUAUUUUUGUUAAUUUCUUCCUCUUCAUGAUUUGCUUGAAGUUUCCAGUUCGGCCGGCUGCGACCACGUACGCCAAAGUCGUUGAUAAAUGUAUGUUGCUGUUUGUGGUGUCCAAAUGAUUCCCAUAUAUUUGUAAAAGGAUGUAUACAUACUUGUACACGUGGAAUCAGUUAAAGUUUGUCCAUGUUCUGUUCUCUUAA